AUGAAGCACUCUUUGCUGAGUCACCCUGACGCACUCCUGCCUGAACUUUCCAGGUAAGAAUACGAGAGCAAUGCUCGCCUUUUCUCCACUCUGCUUUCUCUGGAACAGAGAAUUCCCCAGUGUUGAAACUCUUUAUACCCCAAAGGGGAUGAGCAACUAGGAUUUUAGCCUUAAAACUCUGUUAGUGAUGGAGACUCACUAGAAAGGGAAGAAAUAUGCCUGGGUUGUCCCAACUUCUUUUACCCGAUAGCAUAAAUACAGACCAACUCUCAAAGUGAUGAGCCCACUUUUUCUCAUACCAGGGAUACUCUGAAAAGGAGAGGGCAUGAUAAAUUCUGGAUUGAGGGAGGGGAAAGAGAGGGAAGGCAGUGACUUGGAAUAGAGAUUCAUGGAGGUACAGAAAGCUAUCUGCAUUAAACAACAAUAUGGGUGUCAUGAGCCUCAGUCCCAACUCACUGUGAUUUACACCUGAAUAAGCAUGAGUAUGAUGUUUCAUACAUUUCAUACAUUGGUCCAAACUGGCUAGUUUUCAAACAUUUCAGUUUAAUAACUGAUAUGCAAUUCAAGGCGGGGGGCGAUCCUAUUCCCCUUUAGGCAAAAAUAUUCUCUUUUAUAUAUCAUCCAGAUAUGAUGGCGAAAGUUGAAGCAGAGCUUGGUGGGGAGAGGGGGGAGCAAAAUGUCCUUAAAACCCCAUCCCAUUUUCAACAAAGCAGUUAGUAAAAUUAACCCUACCUAUAUUUGGCAGAAACAAUAAAAAGUGGGUUUUAAUGGGGAAAGAUACCAGAAUGUUUUAGAUCUGCUUGCUUAUAUUUUGAAUCAGUUAUGGCACCAGCUGUGAGCGUGAAAGACUCCCAUGUGGACAACAUGCUCUUAAAAGUGAGUGUAAAACUUAGUGUGAGUGGUAGUUAACUGUUCAAAUGUCCCUAAUGGGCUGUUUAUAUGGGAAGAAAUGUCAACGUAAAUAUAUAAUAAAUGUUGGUGCUAAUAUUUUUUCUAAUGAUUACACUGAAUAAUGUUGUUUCUGUUAGAUCAAAAAUGUUUUUAGCAGCAGUUUCUGUUUGCAUCUGUGUUCAUAGGUGGCUUAUACCCAUAGCAAGGAGGAAAUUCCUCCGAAUUCAGACUUACUGCUGAUGCAAAGUAGACAUCCCUAGGCCUGCCCUUUAAGAGGCUAGUGGUUAACAGCAGGACUCAGAUGUAAGUCCCAUUGGAAUUACUCUGAGGUAAUGAAUGAUUGCAGCCUAAGAGCGCUGUGUUCCAAAAUGUCCUUGAGUCAAAGCUUCACUCAGGUUGCCUCCAGGCUACCACCAUUCUGCAGGAUUGAUUCUAGCAUCUUCCGGAACUUUAGGUUUGUGCAGUUAAAGUGGAUUAAAGGGCUUUGUCACCCAAGUGCAACACAUCAACUUUAAAGAAGAACUGGAUUUUUUGCAGUUUGGAAAGUGAUGGGGAAAUGUAUUCAAAAGAGGUGUGUGUGUGAAUGAAUGACCAACAGAAAAAUGUAUAAACAGGAUGAGUGUUAGUUUUCAUAUAACCACCUUGCAAACAACACUAUAUAAAUAAUUACUACUUUUAGGGUAUUUAAUUGAAGAAUCACCACCAUCUAUCCAAACCUUGAAGUGGAUUUCUCAAACUUGGUCAGACGAAGCUGCUAGAUCUAAGUAUUUUUGCUGGUAUAUACUAUUUUCUGCAGCGUUAUAACAGUUUGCUUGAUGAUGCCUUAACACAACUGUUGGUGUGCCUCAUCCUAAGCGUUGCGAACUGGCAGAGCAAGCCUCAGGCCCCCUUCUUACGGUCAAGUCACAAUAUGUCUACUCAGAAGUCCAACUGAUCUCAAUGGGAUCUGCUCCUGGGUAAGGGCAUAUCGGAUUGCAGCCUUACAGCCUUAAAAAAGUCGGGCAGGACUUAAAAUAUUUCUACAUACUUAUCUCAUGUUUUAAGUACAUAUUGCAGCUGAGGGCACUUAAUGUGUGAUGUGUCCUUAAUUUCAAUGGGUCCUAUUGCUUUUCUCCCAGUAGCAAAAACGAGUAAGGCUGGGCUAGGUCCAGUAGGCAUGAGAUUUGAUGGAUCCCUGGGGAGGAAUCAUUGUUAACACUCACACUGCAAAAGGCUUCGAUCACCAGCCUCCUGCCACGCUGAUUAUUUAUCAUCACAACAGUUGUGACACACAUGCAGGCUUCUGAACUGUGCUGACUGUGUUGAGUCGUACUGAGAAAAACUGUCAGUGAACUGCCAUAAUAAUCCUGAUCUGUAUACAUUCUUAAUAUUGAUCUUCUUUGACCGGCAGCCUCCGGCCUAUCUCUGAAGCAAUUGACAAUCUCCUGAAGCAAGUACAUUCCAUGAAGAAGAGGCUGGCAGAGCUGAACGAGCGUCUCAGUAUCAUGAGCAGGACCCUCUUCCCCAUCCGCUACAAGGCCCAGCGGAGCCAGAGGCUUGGCAGUAUCCAUCUGAGGAGGGUAUCGCUUCAGCAAAGGAGGAAGAGGUACAUGAGAAGGCAUCUUCAGUGGAAUUAG